AUGCCCAAUGUAGAAUUCUUUUAUGACAUACGAUGCCCAUGGUCAUACAUUGCAUCGAAACGAAUUGAACAGGUCGUUCAACGAGCGAAUGCAACCGUCAAGUGGGUUCCUGUUCGGUUGAGUGGUAUCUACGAAGCUACGGGAACGUCAGGAAGUAUCGUUCUGGCUGGUCCGAAAUUGGCAAACUACAAUCGAGAUUUAACCAGAACUCUGAAACGAUUCGAUAUACCAUUCAACUUUCAUCCCAAACAUCCAUUGGAGACGGUUGACGCACUCCGACUCCUCCAUGCAACUCCCUCCUCUCACCGUGCUCAGCUAACCCAUGCACUCUACCGUCUGUAUUGGGUUGAUAACGCAGACAUUGUCGAUCGCUCUUUACUCGUUUACACAGCAAAAUCUCUAAACAUUCCCUAUUCUGAACCGUUAACUGAGUCCAUUUUCGAAAACAAAUCCUAUCAUAACAGUCUGUGCGAGGCUACUGAUUUGGCGGUUAAGCGUGGAGCUCCGGGUGUACCUUCGUUCUGGAUCAAUGAAUUCAAGAAUGGCCGUUUGUAUUUUGGUCAGGAUCGCUUACAUCUUGUCGAAGCUGCCCUACUGUCUGUUUCAAAAGGCGUGCCUCUUGAGCAAGUUGAGAAUAUUAAAAGUGUCAUCCCGCGACGCAGGGCCAAUGUACCUGUUCGGGGGAAAAGAACAUUAAGGUUCUGGUUUGAUUUUGCUUCACCAUACUCGUACCUAGCGUAUACCCAGUUGAAGAGAAUAGCGCAAGAAGCUGGUCCUGGUGUCGAGAUUGAGUACAUGCCCAUUUCGUUAGCUGCACUUUUAGCUCAUCUCAAAACCGAUCCUCCCCUAGCUCGCUCAAAUGAGACUGAGGUUAAAUACUUUUUCCGAGACCUCAAUGAUUGGUCCGAAUUUUGGAAUAUUGUGUGCAAACAAUCUGAUCCUUUGAGUGAACAGUAUACAUACGAAUGGGCAAAACAAUUUCCUAUCCGAACGAUUACUGCGUUACGGGUUUUUCUUUUAGAACCAAAGACCAUUGAUUGUAUCUUCAAAGCAUGUUGGGCAAGGAACAUUCCCAUUGGCCAAUCCCAAGAGAUUCUUGCUUCGGUAUUGAACGAAGCAGGCUUUGAUGGCGAAGCUCUAAUACAAGCAGCACAAACAAACGUCAAGAAAGUCAAAAAUAAAUUGUUAGAAAAUUAUGAUUUGGCUGUAGAGUCUGGCGUUUAUGCAGUGCCAACUUUCCAAGUGGAUCAGGGAGAGCUUGUAUGGGGAAAUGAUCGUAUAGAUGUAGUUCAGGAUUUAUUGUCUGGAUGGAAUCCAGAUGAGGACGAUGUUGUAACCGCAAGAUUAUAG